AUGGCCAAGGGGCAGGCACUCAAGUUUUAUACUUGCCCGAACCUAGUACUUCAAGGAUUGACACAUAUCAAUCCUCAAAAGGCCCAUAUCAUUUUGACAAAAUGUGAUGGAGCAAACAUCAAUAGCAUCACUAUAACUGCACCUGAAGAUUCCCCUAACACGGAUGGUAUCGACAUUGCUAGCUCAAACCAUGUUCAAGUCCAGAACUCCAAAAUUGGAACAGGUGAUGACUGCAUUGCUAUUAGUGCAAGAUGUUCCUUUAUCAAUAUAACCGGCGUCACAUGUGGACCUGGCCAUGGUAUUAGCAUUGGAUCACUGGGAGAUCCUGGAUCAGGUGACUUCGACACGGUGUCAGAAGUACAUGUGCGAAGUUGUAAUUUUACAGGAACCAACACUACUGGAAUUAGGAUCAAGACAUGGCAGGGAGGGCAGGGAGAAGUAAAGAAAAUAACAUAUGAAGACAUUAUGUUUGACAAUGUCCGCAACCCAAUUGUCAUUGAUCAAUUUUAUUGUCCUCACAACGUCUGCAAAAACAAUACCGGUACCAGUGCAGUGGCAAUAAGCGAUGUAUCAUACACCGGAAUAAUUGGGACGUCAAGUGGAGACGAGGUGAUGUCUUUGAAUUGUGGUACCGAAAGUUCAUGCAACAAUAUUGUGCUUGAUGAUGUCCACUUAAAGACCUCAGAUCCAACGAAGACGCUUUUGUUCGUUGUGUCAAUUUUAAUGGAAGAGCAUCGAAUGUAG